AUGGCUCUGGCGAGGACCCAUUCAUUCCUUCUGCUUUUGCUGCUGACCCUGCUGGGGCUGGGGCUGGUCCAGCCCUCCUAUGGCCAGGAUGGCAUGUACCAGCGAUUCCUGCGGCAACAUGUGCACCCUGAGGAGACAGGUGGCAAUGAUCGCUACUGCAACUUGAUGAUGCAAAGACGGAAGAUGACUUUGUAUCACUGCAAGCGCUUCAACACCUUCAUCCAUGAAGAUAUCUGGAACAUUCGUAGUAUCUGCAGCGCCACCAAUAUCCAAUGCAAGAAUGGCAAGAUGAACUGCCAUGAGGGUGUAGUGAAGGUUACAGACUGCAGAGACACAGGAAGUUCCAAGGCACCCAACUGCAGAUAUCGGGCCAUGGCGAGCACUAGACGUGUUGUCAUUGCCUGUGAGGGUAACCCACAGGUGCCUGUGCACUUUGACGGUUAGAUGCCACCCUGUAGGGAUUAUCACAAGUGGUUGAUCUUACACUUGCUCCUUAAAUAGCAGUGAGUAAUGCAUUUGGGCUGUCCCAGGCUCUGUCUCCUCAGCUCAUUUCUUAUUAUUUUUCUCUAUAUAACUCAUUCUAAUAAAUACAUUGCACCAAAGAGAAAUGGAGACAUAAACCUAUAAUGAAUGAGGCUGGGCUUUUCUGUAAUAAGCUUCCUUUUAUAAUACUGGUCAGCUUAGCUCUCUCAGAUCCUAUCCUGUGGAAUUUAGUUAUUAUGUGUAUUUAUGUAGUAUUUCAAACAUUUCAAAAUGCUUUCAUCUAUGUUUAUCACAUUUUAAUACCACAGCACUUAUAAUGAUGUCAUUACAUAUAGAAGCUCAAAGUUAAGGGAUUUGCUGAAGACUAUAAAGUUAAUGGAAGAAUUGAGACAAAAAUCCAGUGUAGCUGGCCACUUAUCCAGGGCUUUUUCUACUUCAUCACAAGGAAUGUUUUGAAAGUGUCUGCUUUUUUUAUCCUUAAAAUUCACCUAUCGGGGGAGGCAUUAAAAAUUUGGAAAUGUAUGCCAGCAAAAUGUGAGUCCUGUAUUUUUUGGCAUUCUUAUGUUUCGGUUGAAUAAGAUUAAGAGGCCGGGCGCAGUGGCUCAUGCUUGUAAUCCCAGCACUUUGGGAGGCCGAGGCGGGCGGAUCACGAGGUCAGGAGAUCGAGACCACAAUGAAACCCUGUCUCUACUAAAAAUACAAAAAAAUUAGCCGGGCGUGGUGGCGGGCGCCUGUAGUCCCAGCUACUCGGAGAGGCUGAGGCAGGAGAAUGGCGUGAACCUGGGAGGCAGAGCUUGCAGUGAGCCGAGAUCGCGCCACUGCACUCCAGCCUGGGCGACAGAGCGAGACUCCGUCUCAAAAAAAAAAAAAAAAAAGAAUAAGAUUAAGAAAAUGAUACUGGGAAUUUUCUUUUUCCUGAAACUUUGAAUCACCCUAGUAAGUCAAAGUAUUAAAAAAUGUACUAGAUCAUUAAGACUUACGUACUCUUACUGACUGAAAGAUUUUUUAUGUUUUCUUUGUAAUAAAGGACUUAAACCGAAGGUA